GUUAGCUUUUUGGUCGUCAAGAUGGAAUUAACUUUCAAUGCUAUAUUAGGAAGAGCCAUCCUGUGCGAGCUGAAGGCUGUUAUUUCACAACCCUAUCUCUGUAUGAAAUUCCCAACUCCUCAAGGGGUAGGAGUGCUUAAGGGGAACCAGAAGAUGGCCAGGGCUUGCUAUCAAGAUACAUUCAAGAAGGUUGAGCUCGUUGUAGCCCCAAGAGGCUUCUCUGGAAGUCAUAGGCUGACUCAGCUCGGUCAACAGACAAUGAGCAUAUCAGACAUUGAGCAUCAACCUAAGGGUGUUGAGCUGAAAGCAGAGCCGGUAGAACCAGUAGAAACAGUCCCUUUGAACCCUGACAUUCCAGAAAGAACAGUUAAGUUGACAGUCCAUAAGCUCAGCACAGACCCCACCAAAAGGCCGAUGAUUCAGAAACACCGCCUUUUUGGCCCUAAGAAGCAAGCUACUAUAGAUGAAGAGAUACAAAAGUUAUUACAGGCAGGCUUCAUCAGGAGAGUCGAAUACUCUGAGUGGGUGACCAACCUUGUGCUCGUUAAAAAACCAAACGGCAAGUGGAGGAUGUGUAUUGAUUUCACCAACUUAAACGAGGCGUGUCCAAAAGACCCUCAUCCUUUGCCAAAUGUUGAGAAGUUAGUAGAGCGAGCAGCGGGACAUGAACGGAUGAGUUUUCUUAAUGCCAGCUCGGGUUAUCACCAGGUUCAGUUGCUGUUGGACGACCAGGAGAAAACAGCUUUUUACGUUGGUGACGCAAUCUACUGCUACGUCAUGAUGCCAUUUGGCCUGAAAAAUGUUGGCGCAACAUAUCAGAAGCUGAAUCUGCGCCGAGCCCAAAUGAAGCUGAAUCCCCUGAAAUGCACGUUUGCCGUAGAAUCAGGAAAAUUCCUAGGGUACGUGGUAUCCAAGAAAGGAAUUGAGGUGAAUCUAGAGAAGGUUCAGGCUGUUCAGCAGAUGGAGCCUCCCAAGACCGUAAAAGACGUACAACGUUUGACUGGUCGUGUUGCUGCGUUACAUAGAUUCAUAGCCAGGUUAGCGGAAAGGUGCCUUCUGUUCUUUAAAGCCCUGCGAAAGCCCAAGAACUUUCAGUGGACCGACAAGUGUCAGCAGGCGUUUGACGAGCUCAAGCGAUAUUUGGCGUCAACACCACUGCUAUCUAAGCCUGUGGAGGGGGAGAGUUUAUACUUGUAUCUGGGAGUUACAGAGGAGGCGAUGAGCUCAGUUUUGCUAAGGGAAGAGAAUAAGCAUCAAAAGCCUAUCUGCUAUGUGAGCAAAGUUUUACAAGACGUAGAGCAGAACUACCCACUAGCAAAAAAGGGUGCUUUUACCCUGGUGUACACAGCUCGUAAGUUGAGAGCUUACUUCCAAUCCCAUCAAAUUAUUGUCUACACUGAUCUGCGGCUGAGGAAGAUAUUGCAAAAGCUAGAACUCUCUGGUCGGCUUAUCGGGUGGAGCGUUGAGCUAAGUGAGUAUGACCUCAAAUUCCAACCGCGCACAACCAUAAAGGGCCAGGCUAUUGCGGACUUCCUAGUGGAGUGCCUCUCAGCAACAGUAGAAGAAAAGGCACCUGAAUACCCCGUUUGGGUCCUGUACGUGGAUGGAGCUGCUAAUAUUGAAGGAUCGGGUACUAGGGCUGUGUUAGUGGGCCCAGAUGACUUUAAAUCCGAGCAUGCAUUGAGGUUUAAGUUUCAGACAACAAAUAAUGUUGCAAAAUAUGAAGCCCUUAUUUAUGGUUUGAAGCUGACGUUCGAGCUGAAAGUACAGAGCAUUCAGGUUUUUAAUGACUCUCAGCUCGUUAUGGGCCAAGUGAAUGGCAGCUGUAAAAUCAAGGAUCCUCAUCUUGGUCGUUAUGCUUUUGUAGUCAACAGAUUGACAUCAAGAUUUAUAUCUUUCCAGAUCGACAAGAUACCCAGAGCAGAUAACCAACGAGCUGAUGAGCUAUUAAAAUUAGCCUCCUCACAAGAUAUCAACCCUCGAAGAUCAACAAUUGUGGAAGUGCUUGACGCCCUGAGCUACACUGAUUUCACAAUAGAGUGUCAGCUACUAAGCACAGAUCCCUCUUCACCGAGCUGGACCAUUCCGCUCAUAGAGUGUCUACGAAGUGGCGAGCUGCCUGAAGAUGUGUCCACAGCAAAAUUGAUUAAACGCUGCCUUACUCCUUAUGAAGCUGAAUAUGCUGUGAGAGAAGUUCAUGAAGGAGUAUGUGGCACACACAUAGGUGGUAGAAUUUUAGCUUGGAAACUCCUGAGGCAUGGUUAUUAUUGGCCUACUAUGGUCGAGGACGCACAGAGCUAUGUCAAAAAAUGCCCGACCUGCCAAUUCAAUGCUGAUGAUAUACACAUGCCAGUCGACCUACUCAGCCCUUUUGUGAAAGGCAAAGGAGGUUGCACAUACCUAGUUGUCGCAGUGGAUUACUUCAUGAAAUGGAUAGAAGCCAAACCCUUAUCCAUGACAACAGAGAAGAAAAUAGAGGAAUUCUUGUUCAAUUCGAUAUUAUGUAGGUUCGCCAUACCUAAACAGAUCAUCGCUGACAAUGGUCCACAGUUCCGAGCCGCAGCACUGAGGUCGUUCUAUAACGACUAUGGCAUUGAGCUCGCCUUGACAUAUGUGUAUACUCCACAGUCCAAUGGACAAGCCGAGUUUGCCAAUAAAAUCGUCUUGCAUGGCCUCAAGACACGUGUUUUAGUUGCGCAUUCUAAUUGGGUUGACGAGCUCAAUAAAGUGCUUUGGUCAUGUCGCACUACACCCAGCUCGGGCACAGGCAAAACCCCAUUCAGCCUUGCCUAUGGAGCUGAGGUCGUCAUCCCUGUAGAGGUCGGAUUGCCAUCUGAUAGAGCAGGUCGGCAUAACAAUCCUAACAAUGAGCAACUUUUAAGAGAGAACCUAGACCUUAUAAAAGAAGUCAGGGAGAUGUCUCACAUAAGAAAUAUGGCGCAUCAAAGUUGUGUCGCCAGAUUUUAUAAUAAGCGAGUUCGAGCUUGUCAAUUUCAGGUUGGUGAUUUGGUUUUGUGCAAAGCUGGGCUCACUAAUGCUUACUCGCAUAUGGGGAAACUUGCACUGAAUUGGGAAGGUCCGUAUAUGGUUGUUCAAGUUAAGCGACUUGAAUAUUACGUGUUAGCAGAUAUGUAAGGACGCAAGUUACCAUAUAUUUGGAAUGUACAUAAUUUCAGAAGAUUUUAUAGUUAAUGUAUAUGUUAGUGAGGAAUCUGUUUGCGGAAAUGUAAACCAUACAUGCAAUACAAUAAAGAACAAACAGUUUG